UGAAUAGACGUAUUGCUGUUUUCGUCAGUCAACUGUUUAUUUAGUUUAGUAUUUAUAUUUAUACCUAUAGGUUAAUAGUUUGUGGUUAUACCUACUAGAUACUUUAGUUAAUUACAACUCAUGGACGUGGUGGUCAUAGGCUGCGGCGCGUCAGGCAUAGCCGCUAUACGACGACUCCAUGAUGCAGGACUGAAGGUUCUUGGGCUGGAGGCAGCUGACAGGAUCGGGGGCAGAAUCAACUCUGUCCAGUUUGGAGAGGGGAAGGUGGACCUUGGCGCAGCUUGGUGCCACGGUGAAAAAGACAACCCAGUGUUCGAGCUAGCGAACCCACUGGGUCUUCUAGGCCGGCCUGAACCCGACAACAAAUGGUUCCUCCUGUCCAACGGGGACCUGGUGCCCAACGACAAGGCAGAGAGCAUCGUCGACGCGUUUAAUGAGGAAGUGGGGAAGGCGGAUAAGAACAGCAAGAAGGGGAUUGCUGAAUGUGUGAGGAAUGCUGCCACAUCAAACACAACCCUCAAGAAGGAUCCCAAACUCACCCGCAUGUUCCUAGAGUGGUACGAAAGGAACAGCCAUCUUGGGGGUCAGAAGGACCCAAACCAAGGGAAGUCGCUGAAGGGGCUGGAAGAGUUUUGGAAUUCGGAGGGGGAGUUCAUGUUGCAUUGGCAGGGGAAGGGGUACGCUACUAUAUUGGAUGUGCUUUUGAACAAAUACCCCGACCCAUCCAAGGCGAUACCCGUCGAUAUCCUUCUAAACAAAGAAGUAGAGAGCAUCAAAUGGAGCAGCAGCCAAGGGGAUCCUGAGAACCCUCUAGUUCACAUCAAGUGUAAAGAUGGGAGCUUGUAUGCUGCUAAGAGUGUUAUUGUCACUAUUUCUAUAGGAGUCUUGAAGGAGAGGCACGCUCAACUGUUUAACCCCCCUCUUCCGGCUGAAAAAGUAAACACCAUAAACAACCUACAGUUCUGCGUCGUCGGCAAAAUCUAUAUCGAGUUCGAGAAGCCUUGGUGGCCAAAAUCCCCUGCCAAUUUCACUCUUCUCUGGCAAGAAGAAGACAAAGCCAAAUUCUCUAAAGAAGAAGAAUGGAUCACAGAGAUCUUUGGCUUUAUUACUGUGGAGAAUCAGCCUGUGUUGUUGGCGUGGAUAUAUGGGGAAGGGCGCGAGAAAAUGGAGAACGUUAGUUUGGAAGGAGUGAGGGCUGGUGUGGAAAAAGUGCUGGAUAUCGCGAGGAUGCAGUUUGAAGUGACGCCGGUGAAGAAUAUUAUAAGGACCCAAUGGGCCUCAAACCCCUUAACCAGAGGCGCGUACGCCUACCGAAGCGUAGCCAGUGAACUGAACGGAGGCAGUGCUAUAUCAAUGAGUGAACCUUUAUACCACAGUAACAAGUUCCCUAUAGUAUGCUUCGCGGGAGAAGCGACGUCGCACCACAGGCAUACCGCCGUGCACGGCGCUGUAGAAGCGGGGUUUAGAGAGGCGGAUAGACUCAUACAGUGCUUUAAGAAAUAAACAUAUUGUCUUUGA